UUACUUAUUCUUUCCUCUUCCUUAAAACUUUCAUGCUAACAAUGGAAAUAAAUAGAGUGAAUCAAGAAUAAAAAAUAUGUGAAUUAUGAAUAAGAAAGAGAUGGAAAGCGAACUUGGCUUCUUGGUUUCUGUUCUGGUCAUAUGUGCAGACAUUACAGCUGCAGUCCUCGGGAUAGAAGCCGAGAUUGCUCAGAGCAAGCAGCAGCAACAUCAUCAUGCUCGUCAACAACAUCCAAGACAUACAGGAUGUGGAAGAAGCCCAAGCUCUGGAGCUUUUUCUGAGGGAGUAGCUGCAAUGGUGCUACUGUCUAUCGUCCAUGUCACAGCCAAUGUGCUUGGUGGCUGCACGUACAUUCGCUCUAAGCAAGAUUUCACGAGAGCAACGGCCAACAAGAUUCUCGCAGUAGCUCUCCUUGUUAUCUCCUGGAUCUUCUUUGCUGUCAGCUACUCAACGCUGAUGUUAGCAACAUUGGCCAACUCGAGAUCGAAUAGAUUCUGCAGCUUGCCUCAUCGUUGGUUCUUUCUCGUUGGAGGCAUAUUUUGUCUAGGACAUGGACUCGUGACUUCAGGAUAUUAUGUUUCAGCCAUUGCUGCUAAGAAAGAAGACAAAGAGAAUGUGCAGCCAGCAAAUACAAGCCGCCCAUAACACGACUAUGUUUCUUGAUUGUAUCAGAUUAACAACAUAAAAUUUAAA